AGGUUCAUUCCCACAAUGCCCAGCAACACGCAUGCGUACAUAGUACGUGAAUAUUUGGACAGCGUUCUGGAGAUCAAAGAUGGCGGGUGCCUCCGACCCUCUGGAAGAUAUGCUCUUCUCCGAGGUGGACGAAAAAGCUGUAAGCGACUUAGUGGGUUCACUGGAGUCGCAGCUUGUCGGCCAAAGCAAUCCAGCCGCUCCCCAUACUGAUACUAGGAGCGCUGGGUCAACAGGCGCUGCUAAUCACCACUUAGGAAGAACGCUACCUGCCCAAGUGGGCACUACACUAGAACAGCAACAACAAGGACAACAUAAAGCUGGGGUAAACCAGGAGCCCAACUCAAAAGAAAUUAGCAGCGAAAAGACACCGUGUUCGGUUAAUUCCAUUCAGCCUUUCGAAGAAGCUUCCAUCACUUCUGGGACCGGGGUGAACGUCAGUAGCGGCUUGCAAUCACAUGGAGCAUCUAAUAUCACAACACUGUCUGCAUCUGCUCUGGUAACUUUGCCACCUCCACUGGCCAACCUAAACCCUGCCAACAGAGGUACUGCUCUGGGGUCAGCUGGGGCAACAGCCGUGACUACAGAGACCGAUCCUCUGAAAAAUCACCUCACUUCAACGAUAAGGACUGCUCACACGGGAAUGCAGAGUUUGAACGGCAACGGCGGAGCGGUAACGUUAGUGAGCACUCCUGCAAACACUGCUGUCACUGCCAGUGUUGCGGCUUUUCCGCGCGGAUCCGGAGCGGCGCCUUUGGCGAACAGCGCGAGCCCGGCGGCCAACUCGAGUCUGACAGCAGCGUCAAACACGACCACGGCACCCGAUGCCUCCGCAUCGCAGAGCGCCGUUACCCUGGCUGGCCGGGGGACACCCACCAUUGCCCUGCAGAGGCUGCCCAGUCACAUCAUUUCCAGCAUCGCUCAGAAUGGAAAUGGCACGACAGUUUCGGCCCUGGUCCAGCAGAGCCCGCGGACAGUGCCACCCGCCGCCGUCACGGAGGUAGUUAACGACGGCAAGAGCGCAGAAGCCGGAGAGAACAAGUCUGACACUACAGAACAGUCAAAAAUGAUCAUGCCGAGCUCGCCCGUCGUGGUCAAUUCAUCCGUGAACACCGUAGUGUCUCCCGUUCCCGCUGUUAACCCCACGACCAGCCACCAGCAGAGCCCCGUGGCCAAUUCGGUGCCGGCGGCCAGUAGUCCGGCAACACUAACGGCCGUGGGCAAACCGACUCUGAAUAUUACGGCGCAACCGGCUGCUACUACGAUAGGAAUGAUAAGGCCUGGGACCCCUGCUCCGUCGCCUGCCAUGGCCACCCCGACACAGCCCCAGCAACUUCGCGCCGCUCAAAGGAUCGUCGCGCCGCAGCUGAUCGUCCGACACCCCCAGCAGCCCACCACCAUUCAGCUGCCGCCGGGUUUCACAAUCCCCCAAGGCAUGGUGUUGGUACGUACUGAGAUGGGGCAGCUGGUGAUGGUUCCUCAGCAGGCUCUAGCUCAAGCUCAAGCUCAGGCCCAGGCCCAGGCCCAGGCUCAGGCCCAGGCCCAGGCUCAGGCUCAGGCUCAAGCCCAGGCUCAGGGUCAGGCUCACAACAGUAUCUCUCCUCGACCUGUGACCCCCACGACUGCAACGACCUUCAGAGUGGCCACCACACAGAAGGCGACCGUGACCGCUGGUCCUUCAGCAGCCACCGUGACCGUGACAGCUACGCAGCAGCCCACCACUGUCAUCGCGGGAGGGCAGACCGUUGUGCAGGCCCAGCCACAGCCUGCCGUGCAGCCGGCACCACCUGCGCAGACUGCCCCCCUAGCUGUCCCUGUAAGCCCAGCCGCGGGGGCUCCGGUGGUGUCCCAGGAGAUGCAGGAAAAUGUGAAGAAGUGCAAGAACUUCCUGGCCACACUGAUCAAGCUGGCGUCCCACAACUCGCCCUCUCCAGAAACCUCCAGGAAUGUCAAAGCGCUGGUCCAGGAUCUUCUGGACGCCAAGAUUGAACCUGAGGAGUUCACUAGCCGGCUGCAGUCUGAGCUGAAGUCAUCCCCCCAGCCAUACCUGGUGCCCUUCCUCAAGAAAAGCCUCCCGGCCCUGAGGCUCUCACUCCUUAAUAGCCAGCAGUCGCUGACGCAGCCCCCGCAGGUGAAGCCCGGUGUGGGGGGCGUGCCCACCCCUGCCCCUGUGCCUGCCAGCACUGUUCCCACAAUCAUCGCGGGGCCCACCGUCAGGGUGCGCACCCCUAACAGCAAUGCAGUAUCUACCAUCCUGCCUGGGGCCCACGGAGUCACGGCUACUAUGGGCUUCAAGAGAGCAGUAGCACCUGGAAGUCAGGUCCGGAUGCCCAUGGUGAUCACGCAGGCACAGGUCCGAGCUCCAGGUGUAGUUGGGAAGGGACCAAUAAUACCAGCAAGCAAGAGUCCCGCGGGUUUCUCCGCUCAGGUCUCGGCGAAUCUAAAAAACAAGCUCAACGAUCCCGGAGGCGGUUCUUUCAGGGACGAUGACGACAUCAACGACGUGGCGUCCAUGGCCGGGGUGAACCUGAGCGAGGAGAGCGCUCGUAUCCUGGCCACAAACUCGGACUUGGUGGGUACGCAGAUCCGAUCCUGCAAGGACGAGGCCUUCCUGCCGACGGGGACGCUGCACCGGCGCAUCCUGGAGACGGCCAAGAAGUUGGGGGUGACUGACGUCCCGUUGGAGGCCGUGAGCUUCAUCUCACAUGCUACCCAGGCCAGGUUGCGCACGGUGGUGGAGAAGGUGACAGCCAUCGCCCAGCACCGGAUGGAGACGUGUAAGGAUGACGAAUGGUACGAGCAGUCCACAGACGUGCGGUCACAGCUCAAGUUCUUCGAGCAGCUGGAGCGGAUAGAGAAGCAGCGGAAGGACGAGCAGGAGAGGGAGAUCUUACUGAAAGCCGCCAAAAGCCGCUCGAGGCAGGAGGACCCGGAGCAGGCUCGGCUGAAGCAGAGAGCUAAGGAGAUGCAGCAGCAGGAGCUGGCACAGAUGAGGCAGCGUGAUGCCAACUUGACAGCACUGGCUGCGAUCGGACCACGCAAGAAACGCAAGCUGGACUCUCCGGGGGCUGCGUCGUCCGGGACCGAGGUCUCAGGCUGCUCCACGGGCUCCCCGGCCGGCUUCUCCACCCCCGCCGCCUCCUCGCGCCAGCACUCCCGCCAGCGCAUCACCCGCGUCAACCUCAGGGACUUAAUCUUCUACAUGGAGCAGGAGCGGGAGACGGCCCGCUCUCUUCUCCUCUACCGCGCCCUGCUCAAGUAGCCUUCCCAGCCCGACCUGGCCCAGCCUCUCUCUCUCUCCCCAUCUCUCCUGGAACGUGCCUUUGAUAGCGUUUCGCAGCUUCGUCUCAGUGUCUGUCGUAUCCUUAAUAUUGCUUUAAAAAGGAAAAAAAAAAUCCAGACGUGAUCGUGUCUCUCCACUGUUUUAGCUCCAAACAAACACAAAAAAACAAUAAUAAAUGCUAGCGUGUAGAGCAGGGGUGAGUAAUCUUAUCCAGAAAGGAACGGUGUGCAUGCAAAUUUUCGCUGCAACUCCCUAAUUAGAUUACUAAUUACAGGACUGAUUGGCUGGAGAGUCCUCACACCUGGGUUUGAACAGCUGUCCUAUAGGUUAUCCCCUUUGCGGAUGAGAUUGCCCGCCCUGGUGUAGUGUUUAAAGGAGGUCAUGCAGAGUCUAGGGUUGAUUCAGAAUGGGCUGCCUGCGUAUGCUGGAUACAGAGCUCACUCGCAUUGUCAUGGUUACCCACAUCAGCCCUGUGAGUAUUUUACAGAGCAAAAUCAUCCCAAAGUGAAAAGUAACUUUAAACGCAACAUAUCAAAAUAUUAUACUGCAGCCUAUAAUUUAUCAUAUAGCGCAGGCUUGUACUUCAGGAUGGGAACAGAAUUUUAUUUGACCUUGUGACCUAAUUAUAAUUAUGCAUCUUCAGAACAAACCUUUACCAGGGAUAAAAGCAUAACUUGAUAGCUAAAUAUUAAAUGUAUAUAUUAAGUCCAUUGAUUUCAAAAGUGCAUGUAUGAUAUUUUACCACCUAGUUAAUAUUUUAGCAUCGCUGUGUUUUUUGGAAAUGUGUGUGCAUAUUAGUUACCAUGUUCUGUGAAAUCACGUAUCGUCUGUCAGGUCGGAAAGCGCUUCGUCUUCCAGCGUGGUUCCGUUUCUACAGAAGUCCAGCCUCCCGUAGACUCUCCAGGGUCAAAGCUGCGUGACCUUGUCCAUCGUGGGGGCGAAACCUCGUCCCAUUAAGCGGAUCGCAGGAAAGCGAAGCUUCUUACAGGCAAUUUAAUGUUGUCAGUUGCUGGUUUUUAAAGUUAUUUAUCGCUAUAUAUUUUUUAAGAGUUCUAUUAUCGUGUAGGGACUUUGAGCAUGAUAUUCAGAAACCAGGCAUCAAGACCCUGUACCUUGGAAUGGGAAUGACCAGUCGUGAUUGUCGCACUUACACUUUCCAUCAACAGCCUGAAUGGGAGCUUGGAAGAGCGUUAGAGGGAAAUUAGGUCAAUCGCACCAAUUAGGCUUCCACCAGAGUUAAUUGUAAUCCCAGCCGAGGUUAGCCGACGUCUAGGGAGUUUCCUCCGAUUGGUUGAUGAGUGAGUGAAUCUCGUGUUGGGGUUUCCACCAGGUACGGCGUGUGGACAGCCACUCAGCAGUAGGCGCCCUCUGUGUCUGUCUACAUGCCUACCAUGCAGCCCUCAUUUGCUUGGCUUUUCGUCGUCCGUUUGAAGCCUCUUAACGUCUAUGCAGCAGCUGUCCCGCUGAAUAGUGUUGUCCUGUGAUUUAUGCCUCAGCAUUUCCAGGUGGCUGUAGAAGUUAACAUGCAUUGAAUUAUUAUUAUCAUCAUUAUUUUUUAAUUAGCGCCAUCCCUACGUUUUCAAAUGUGUAUUCCGAUUAAAAAGAGGAACUGGCUGUGUAUCGAGAAACCUGCCUCUUUGCUCAGAGGGUUCAACAGUAUUGUCUAUACCUGUCAAAGGGAAGGUGGUUUGUAACUAUUUAUAUAUUACCAUUUGUUUUCCUCAUUUGCACCGUACAGUUUUAUCUUGGUAAAUUAACUUUGGUAGGGGAAAGACAAAAAAAGUAAUGAAAUAAAUAAAAGAAAGCAAAAUGAUUUAAAAGAAGCACAAAUAGACUUAUUUGUCCAACGGUUUAAAGACGAUACCUUUAAUAAUUAUUUUUAUGGUUUCUGAUAAAUAAGCCAGAAGAAAUUUCUACUCCAUCAAACUUUUUAGCCAAAAAAAAAAAAGAAUAGGAAGGUUUUACUGACACCCAGGUGGAAAAUUAAGUUUUAAUGUGUGGGUAAUUUGUAUAUACUGUUUACAAAAACCAUGUGUUUAUUAGAACUAUGUUAUUUUUGGUAAACUCUGUACAUAUUCUAAAAUUUUCCUGUUUGUGUGAAAAGCAUACUUCUGUAUUUGUACCUAUUUUGUAAAGGAAUAAAGAUGCUGUUUACUAAA